AUGGCCCGUGCUGCUCUUGGACUUCUCCUUCUUUCUGCUCUUGCAGCAUGCGGCAAUGCGAACCCUAAAGUCCGCUCGGGACAUGUGACGUUUGAGGGCACAUCGGCGAACAGCGUCGAGUCAUUCAAGAAUAUUCGAUUCGGUCAGGAUACUAGCGGCAACAAUCGCUUUGCCCCACCAAAGUCAUACACCUAUCCCGCCGGCACUGUGGUCAAUGCCACCCAGUCUGGUGCAGCCUGCCCUCAACAGGAAGACCCAAUCCCGACUUUUCCGAUCUUCGACAAUGUCACCAGCGUCUCCGAGGAUUGUCUUACCCUGCGAAUUGACAGGCCGGCAAAUGUAACGAGCAGCGAUAAGCUGCCUGUGAUGGUCUGGAUCUAUGGCGGUGGAGACACGGUCGGCCAGAUCUAUGAUACAGCCUAUGAGCCGACCGCAUUCGUUCUCGGCACGGCUGAGGCAGGCACACCUGUGAUCUACGUCGCAAUGAACUACAGACUUGGACUUCUUGGUUUUGCCGCGUCCCCAGCAUUGAGUGCCGAGAAUUCCUUGAACGCGGGUCUGCUCGACCAGCGUCUUGCGCUCGAGUGGGUGCAGGAGCACAUUACAGCUUUUGGCGGCGAUCCUGAAAAUGUGACCGUCUUUGGAGAGAGUGAUGGUGCUGCUGGAAUUGGUCUGCAGAUUACCGCUUAUGGUGGCGCGAAAAAAGCUCCUUUCAAGCGAGCUAUCAUGCAGUCUGGUUGUGCCGUUGCUGACUCCGGCAUCGCGAGCAACACCUCCAUGGAUCAUACCGCUGCAUUCAUCAAGGCCAUCAACUGCACUGCCUCUACAAGUGCUAAGGAGCUUGCUUGUCUCCGGGCGCUUCCUCUCGACACUAUUCUGCCAGCUAUGAUUGAAUACGAGUUCAGCAUCCAAUCAUCCGGCGGAUUGGACGUCUUCAUUCCCACGUCCCCUUCAUCUUUUAUCCCCGAUAGUCCCUCCAAGCUUCUGUCUUCUGGCCGUUUCACCCGAAACAUUGAUAUCAUUAUUGGCUGGAAUGAGAAUGAUGGUUCCCUGUUCUCAGACACUUCUGCCACAACCGUCGAGGAAGUCGCCGAGUUCAUCGCAGCCCAGAACCCGAAUCUCUCCGAGAAGAAUCUUAAGAAGGCGAUGGCUCUUUACCCCAUUUCCCAAUUCUCCCCCUACACCUCAGAGGGCAUCUCAGCGGAGUUCUUCCAAGCUAGCCAGAUCGUCCGUGAUUCGCAGUUUACAUGCCCAGCUCUCUACGCUGCGAAGAUGAACAGCAAGUGGUCCACUGAUUCCACCGCGACCUACCUCUACAACUUGAACCAGACUGUCUUCACGCCUUUUCUGGAGGUAUAUGGUGAGCUCUUCUAUGGAGUGUGCCAUUUUAGUGAUAUCCCCUACGUCUUCAAUCAGGCAACUACCGUUUACGCGGACUUGUCCUCGGAAUCUGAUAUCGAGCUUGCAAGCGAGAUGAGUGGCAGCUGGGCCUCUUUUGCGACGUACGGAAACCCAUCCAAGGCCAGCGGCUCAAUCUCUGGUUGGUCUAGUGCGCCGAAAUCUUCAUCCGGGGUGUACAAUGUGCAGGUUAUUGGUGGACCUGAUAGCGGAAUGAAGACCAUCCGGAAUUCCUCUAACUCGUGGGAGGAUUUGGCUCGGAGAUGCGCAUUCUGGACUUCCGAGGAAGUGUUUGAACAAUUGGGUGUUUAG